AUGGACAUUCCUAUUGAAGGGGUGAUAACGGGGUUUAUAACCCACACCUACUUCGAACCUCAAAAUUAUUCAAUAACUUAUUCCCAAGCUAUAAAUCUUAAGGGAGGUGCAAUAAGACUAUCAUCUGAUCUCACUCCUUGCAGUUUAUUUAUUGAUAAUUCGUUUUUCUUUAAUGAUUUUUCUGAAAACCAUGGUGGAGCCAUAUAUUUUGACUCAAACGCAACAUUUGAAGUAAUUCAAACAUGCGCCAAACUAUGCAGCACUUGUUCUUAUGAUUACGAAGGUUCAUUUUCAUAUUCUCAAAAUUUUUAUACAUCCUUUUUCAAUUUCACAUCUUUCGUCAGCUGCGGAUCAUGCGAAAAACCUUCAAAAAGCUCAUUCUUUGCAUCAGGAGAAAAUGCGCUGUAUCAACAUCAUAAUUCUUCAUUUUCAAGCUCCAUAUGCGCCAAUAUUCAAUGCUCUGGCUCAGGAUACAUGGAGUAUAGUUCAUUUAGUAACAAUAAUCUAAGUAACCCUGAAGUAGAUUGCUGUAUUUUCCAGAAAUAUUUAAAUACAAAAUUUUGCAACUUUAUCGAAAACCUUAUAGCGAACAGCACAGAAAAUUCAUGCAUAUACUUUUCCUAUAGGUCCCCAAACAACAUUCUCUCAAAUUCAUGCUUUUUUCGGAACCGAGCGAAAUAUCUAGCGUCAGCAACAGAUAAUUUCAAACUUUUCGAAUGCUUCUCAGACUGCGGUGAUUUUAAUAACGUAAAUGCUAUCGGAAUCAGGAAAGCGGCCAUUACUUUGGAGAUAAAUCUUUUAUAUACUUAUGAAUGCGAUGCAGACUUCCCAACCAUAGCAGCUCGCGAUAUAAGUUUCUUUGAACCCGAUUUAUUGCCAACAUUAGAAGAUCCAGUUUCAAUAUCUGAAACACCGACUUUUAGUACGACUUCACCAACUUCAUUCAAUAAAAUCGAGAAAAACAGUGGUAACCAGGACGAAGCGAAGCAGAGAAUUAUCCUAAUUGCGGCUUCUGCCAUUGAUUCUGUAUUAAUUAUAACUUUUAUUAUUGUUUUUGUCAUUUAUAUGGUCAGAAAAGCAGGAAGACCUAUUGAACAAAAGGAAAUCACUUAUUCUACAGACACUUCAUAUGAAAAUGAAGAAUCAAAAGAUAAAUUCCCAGAAAAAAGUAAGAAACCGUUAGAUAAUGUCAAGGUGAAGGACCAGAAGAGCUCUGAUGAUGAGAGUUACUCAUACACGUAUACUUAUUCGUAUGAUAAUAAAAUCAACUCAGAAGAGACGAAUGAUAAGGAUAUUUCGAUAUCAGAUGAAUCUACUUAG